UUUUUAUAUCUUUCUUUCAGAGGAACCCUAGCUAGCUAAAGCGUCGAAAAAUGUCAGGAGGAGUGAAGAGAGCACUGAGACAGUUCACCUUCGGAACCGGCAAAACCGCCGGCCGUAACUCUUCCGGUCGCAUCACUUCUUUUCACAGAGGCGGCGGUGCUAAACGGUUACAACGAACUAUCGAUCUCAAACGUAACACGACUUCUUCCAUAGGUAUCGUCGAAAGAAUCGAAUACGAUCCUAACCGUUCAUCUCGCAUCGCUCUCGUUCGUUGGCUUAACGGUAUUCAUCCACCUCCCAAACGCCACACCACCACCACCACAACCACCGCCGACGCCGCUGCUUCCCCAAGAGUUCUCCAAAUCGACUCUUCAUCCAACAAUAACGAGAUUCGUGGCGUGUUCGGUUUCAGUUCGUUGCUUCCGCAAUACCGAACAAGUUCCGGGAACAUUUUCCUCUCUGCGUUUUCGUCGAAGACGAAGGAAGAGAAAUCUGGAUCGGUUUCGUUGCCGUUAGGGUUACCGAGGAUCGCUGUUGCGGCGGCGAGACCUGAGUUCUUUGCCACACGUGUGAAAGGGGAAGAGAAGAUGGAAAUUCGUAAUUGGAAGAAGAAUAGUGAUGUUUGGAUGCAUAGGAACAAACGUAAAGCGGCAAUUUCAUGGCAUACCGUUGCUUGAUUGUAAAUUUGAAUUUAUCGCUUAAUUUUCGAAAGAUUAAUUGUUACUUUAGUUUUGGAUUGUUAAUUGCUUGUUAAUUUUUACUUUGGAUCGUGUUUUUUUGUAUGUUGAAGCAUAAUGCAUGAAUUGGUGGUGAAGACAAUUUAGUGCACGAUUGAAUUCAAUUUUGAGAGUUAAAA